CCACCACGCCCGGCUAAUUUUUUUGUAUUUUUAGUAGAGACAGGGUUUCACCGUCUUAGCCAGGAUGGUCUCGAUCUCCUUGCCUCGUGAUCCGCCCGCCUGGGCCUCCCAAAGUGCUGGGAUUACAGGUGUGAGCCACCGUGCCUGGCCAUAGAGCAGUCUCUUCCUUUUCCUGUUGGGUCUCUGCUCAAAUGUCAUGUCAGAGAGGCAGAUCUCUGGGGCGGUCUAUCUGAGGGAAUGCACCCAUCUCCCUUCCUCUGACCAGUCAGUUACCUUGCUUAUUCUUUCAAAGCUCUUACCACCACCUGAAGUCAUCUAUCUGGUUUGGUUAUUUUAUUGUUUAGUAGCAGUCUUUAUUUUAUUAUUAUUAUUUUUUUUUUGAUGGAGUCUCACUCUGUUGCCCAGGCUGGAGUGCAGUAGCAUGAUCUCGGCUCACCACAACCUCUGCCUCCCAGGUUCAAGCGAUUCUCCUGCCUUAGCUUCCUGAGUAGCUAUGACUACAGGCACAUGCCACCAUGCCCAGCUGAUUUUUGUACUUUUAGUAGAAACGGGGUUUCACUAUGUUGGCUGGUCUUGAACUCCUGACAUCAAGUGAUCCGCCCACCUCGGCCUCCCAAAGUACUGGGAUUACAGGCAUGAGCCACCACGCCAGGCUGGUAGCAGUCUUUCCUAGAAUGUGGAUGCCUUGGAAAACAGGAGCUUUGCCUUGUUUCCCUAGAACCUAGAAUGGCAUCUGGCACACAGCAGAUGCUACAUCUAUUGUAAAUGAAUGAAUGAAAGAAGUGUCCUUGCAGCCACACUGGCAGCCGUAACAUAGUGGUUAUAAAUCUAGACUCUGGAGUCUCAAGUGCAAAUGUCAUUGGCCUCUCCUCCAGCCUCCUCAAGGGGCACUCAAUGAAAGAACCUGGAAGCGCCCUGAUAUGACUGUGGUUGGACUGACAUGACUGCCAGAUGGUGGGACUUGGUCUGGAGCAGAGACUGCUUGGAAUGGUAGAGGCAAAACUCAGCCCCUGGAGCUGCGCUUGUGGUGGAGCUGGACCCUGAUUUUAGCUGGACCUUGUUUUUAGAGACAGGGUUUCCUUCUGCAGUCUCAAACUCCUAGCCUUGAUUGAUCCUCCUGCCUUGGCCUCCCAAAGUGCUGGGACUACAGGUGCAUGCAACCACACCUGGCUAAUUUUCUUUUCUUCUUUCUUUCUUUCUUUUUUUUUUGAUGGAGUCUUGUUCUGUUGCCCAGGCUGGAGUGCAACGGUGCGAUCUCGGCUCACUGCAACCUCUGCCUCCUGGGUUCAAUCCAUUCUCCUGCCUCAGCCUCCCAAAGUGCUGGGAUUACAAGCAUGCAACACCACACCCAGCCUGAAACCCAGAUUUUUGAUAUGAAAUCAAAGUCUUCAAACCUUGUAGGUGUCAUAAAAAGCACGCUGAGGACCACUAGUUUGCAACUGCCAAUCUAAAAUAUCAUAGACAUUAUAUCACUUUUACCACGAAAAAAAAAGUAUGUGAGGCAGAAAAUGGAAGCAACCGUGCCUAAUUUAUUGUUGAAUACUUUUUCCGUAUACCAAGAGCUUUCUUUGCACUAGCAUCUGAAACUAUAUCCAGAAUGACAUUGGUUUUCAUAAAAGUGUUGAUCCUCACACCUCUUUAUAGUCUUGCACCUAGCACAGUGGAGUGAAACACUUUAAAUAGCACUUGUUCCUUGAGUAUAUAUGGAAAAAAGUGAAGUAUUGAUAAGUGUUCAGCUAAUAUGAGCAGCAUCUCAGGAGUCUCCAAUUCUUGAAUUACCAGGGAGUAUUUUUACCAUUUUCCCCCAGUGAAAGGCCUAUUUUGAGAGACUUACCCUCCAAAAUGAAUGUAUUAAGUCAUGUUCCUUUUUUUUUUUUUUUUUUUUUUUUUGAGACAGGGCCUUGCUCUGUUGCCCGGGCUGGAGUGCAGUAGCAUGAUAGUUACAGGAAAGGGGUCCCAAUCUAGACCCCAAGAGAGGGUUCUUGGAUCUUGUGCAAGAAAGAAUUCAGGGUGAUGCCACAGUGUGAAGUGAAAGCAAGUUUAUUAAGAAAGUAAAGGAGGAGGGGCACGGUGGCUCACUCGUGUAAUCCCAGCACUUUGGGAGGCCGAGACAGGUGGAUCACGAGGUCAGGAGAUCAAGACCAUCCUGGUUAACACGGUGAAACCUUGUCUCUACUAAAAAUACAAAAAAAUUAGCCAAGUGUGGUGGCGGGCGCCUGUAGUCCCACCUACUCUGGAGGCUGAGGCAGGAGAAUGGGAUGAACCCGGGAGGCGAAGCUUGCAGUAAGCCGAGAUCGUGCCACUGCACUCCAGCCUGGGUGACAGAGGGAGACUCCAUCUCAAAAAAAAAAAAGAGAAGGUAAAGGAAUAAAAGAAUGGCUACCCCAUAGACAGAGCAGCCGUGAGGGCUGCUGGUUGCUCAUUUUUAUGGUUAUUUCUUGAUGAUAUGCUAAACAAGGGGUGGAUUUUUCAUGCCUCCUCUUUUUAGACCAUAUAGGGUAACUUCUUGAUGUUGCCAUGGCAUUUGUAAACUGUCAUGGUGCUGGUAGGAGUGUAGCAGGGAGGAUGAUGGGAGGUCAGUCUUGUCUCUGUUUUGGUUUUGGUGGGUUUUGGCCAGCUCCUUCACUGCAACCUGUUUUAUCAGCAAGGUCUUUAUGACUGGUAUUUUGUGCUGACCUUCUGUGUCAUCCUGUGACUUAGAAUGCCUUAACCAUCAGGGAAUGCAGCCCAGUAGUUUCAGCCUCAUUUUUCCCGGCUCCUAUUUAAGAUGGAGUUGCUCUGGUUCACACACCUCUGACAUGAUCACUGCUCACUGCGGCUUCCACCUCCCGGGUUCAAGAGAUCCUCCUGCCUCAUCCUCCCAAGGUGCUGGGACUACAGGUGUGUGCCACCAUGCUCAGCUAAUUUUUGUAUUUUUUGUAGAGACGGUGUUUUUCCAUGUUGCCCAGGCUGGUCUCAACCUCCUGGGCUCAAGCAAUCCUUCUGUCUCAGCCUCCCAAAGUACUGGGAUUACAGGCAUGUCCCACCAUGCCCAGACUAAUAUUUACUUUUAGUCAGACUAAGAUAGGGUUACUACUUGAGUUGCUAUGGCUCCAGCUGAAAGAAAGCCUGUGCAGUCAUAUCACGCGUAAACAUUUGCUUUAUGCUAAAAAUAUGGUGGACCUGGCAUUACAGCUAUUACAAAUCUCCUAAGUUGUCUCGGGUAGUGUAUUAGUUACUUUUCAUACUGCUAUGAAGAAAUACUCGAACCUGGGUAAUUUAUAAAGAAAAAGAGGUUUAAUGUACUCACAGUUCCACAAGGCUGGGGAGGCCUCAGAAUCGUGGCGGAAGGCAAAGAAGGAGCAAAAAGGUAUGUCUUACAUGGCAGCAGGCAAGAGAGCACGUGCAGGGAAACUGCCCUUUAUAAAACCAUCAGAUUUAGUGAGAUGUAUUCACUAUCACGAGAACAGUAUGGGAAAAACCUGCCCCCAUGAUUCGAUUACCUCCUACCGUGUCCCUCCCACGACACAUGGGGAUUAUGGGAACUACAAUUCAAGAUGAAAUUUCGGUGGGGACGCAGCCAAACCAUAUCGGGUAGCAACAACCUAGGGUCAGUUUUGCAGGUGGUAAAGCCAUUUACCAAGAUAGUUGUAGGUAAAGAAGGGCAGAUUUAUUAGAGAAAUUAUGAAAAUAUGUUGCAAUGGGCAGCUCAGCAGAGAAGGGGCUACCUGCAAAGAGGCAAGGGCUGGAGGAAAGUUUUAUAGGGUCCUGCUGAAGGGUGCUAUGUGUGGAAUGAGGUCAUUGUGCCCACAGGUUGUUUGUGAUUAGCUGUCUCUUAACAAUUGUUCAUACAAUAAUUGUUCAUUAUUGUUCUCAACUUGGGGCUCUCCCCAACCUGGGGACCCUUCCUUAUUGUUGCUUACUUAUCAGGACUCCACAUAAGGGUGUGGAAACUUCAUUCAUUCAUAUCUUCAACGCAAAUUGUAGGUAGCCUGUUUUUUAAAACAUUUAUUCAACAAAUAUUUAGUCCAAGCCACUAUUACUUAUUAUCUUCUCUACUAUUUUAUGGACUUUUAACUAUCUCUGACACUAUUCACUAUUCUUCCACAUUUUCUAUUAUUUAUACCUAUGGUAAAAUUUGCCAGUUUGACCAUACAACUAAUACUCACAGGGAAUAUAUAGAGUCUAGAAGAAAAUAUACAGGUCCUUAAAGGCUGCCCUGCCAACAAAACCAUAAUGCAGGAACAAACAUCACAACUAUGCCAAAUAAUCAAUCCUACAAUGUCCAAAAUUUUACUUUAAAACUGGAAUUUCCAGACUUCCUUUCUGCAUUAACCAGUUUAACUAGACAGUAAUGAAAUAUUCCUCCUACUUUAUGCUGUGAUAGUUUGUUUAUUUAUUUAUUUAUUUAUUUAUUUAUUUAUUUAUUUAUUUGAGACAGAGUUUCGCUCUUGUUGCCCAGGCUGGAGUGCAGUGGCACGAUCUCAGCUCACCACAACCUCCACCUCCCAGGUUCAAGCGAUUCUCCUGCCUCAGCCUCCCGAGUAGCUGGGAUUACAGGCAUGUACCACCACGCCCGGGUAAUUUUGUAUUUUUAGUAGAGGCGGGGGUUUCUCCAUGUUGGUCAGGCUGGUCUAGAACUCCUGACCUCAGGUGAUACCCCUGCCUCAGCCUCCCAAUGUGCUGGGAUUACAGGUGUGAAGCCACCGCGCCCGGCUGCUGUGAUAGUUGAGAUGUAAACCAAAAAUAAAAUUCUAAGUCACCCAAUCCAACUGAAUGGACCCUUCCUGUUGACCAAGGACAUUCCAAAGUAAACUGAAAAGACCAGCUUAGGCCAUGAUGGGAAGGGGAGGUGUCAACAUGCCUCAUUCUACCUUCCUCCCUCUGGAAUCCAGACACAACUGACCAGCAUUAACAUUAAAACAGAGAUCUUAAGCUGGGCACAGUGGCUCAUGCCUGUAAUCCCAGCACUUUGGGAGGCCAAGGUGGGAUCACCUGAGGUCAGAAGUUCAAGACCAGCCUGGCCAGUAUGGUGAAGCCAUGUCUCUACUAAAAAUACAAAAUUAGCCGGACAUUGUGGUGCACGUCUGUCAUCCCAGCAAGGCAGGAGAAUCACUUGAACCCAGGAAGCAGAGGUUGCAGUGAGCCAGGAUCAUGCCAUUGCACUCCAGCCUGGUCAACAGAGCGAGACUCCGCCUCAUUAAAAAAAAAAAAAAAAAUUAGCCGGGUGUGGUGGCGGGCACAUGUAGUCCCAGCUACUAGGGAGGCUGAGGCAGGAGAAUGGUGUGAACCAGGGAGGCGGAGCUUGCAGUGAGCCGAGAUUGUGCCACUGCACUCCAGCCUGUACAGAAAUGCAUUUCAUAAUGCAUUUUAAUUGCAUUAGCAGUGAUUUAAUUUUUUUAGAUGCUAAAACUUAUGGGUGAAAGUGGAUUAAAUGUAGCCAAAUGCAACAUCAAAAUCUUCAGGCACAAAAACCCAUUAACUUUUUCAUACUCUCAGAAGAUGAACCUAAUUUCAAAUGAAAGCUGCCUGCAGAAUAUAUUAAGCGUAUUCUAGAUAUAAUUCAUUUUGGCAAACAUACUGUAGAAAUUCACAUAACAUUUUACUGUACUAAAAGUAAAUUGCCCAUGUAACAAAAAAUAUCUUUUUAGAGCUUCAAAUGAAUUUUAAAGGAUGACUGAUGGUCCUUGGAAAAGAAACAGUAAACUAAUAAGGUUUGUAGCAAUGAUGUAUGAGUUAGAAAUUGCAGUUCCAGAUGAUCUCUUUAUUAAAGAGACGAUCUACACUUAAUUUGGUCAACUGUUAUGAACAUAGUUCAUGUUAAGUCCCCAUUUAAAUACAACCUGAAAUACCAAAGUUAAUUUUCUUUUCUUUCUUUUUUUUUUUUAGACAGAGUCUUGCUCAGUUGCCCUUCCUGGAGUGCAGUGGCGUGAUCUCGGCUCACUGCAACCUCCACCUCCUGGGCUUGAGCGAUCCUACUGCCUCAGCCCCCCAAGUAGCUGGGAGGACAGGCGCAAGCCACGGCACUCAGCUAAUUUUUGUAUUUUUCAUAGAGAUAGGGUUUCACCAUGUUGCCCAAUUUGGUCUCGAACUCCUGAGCUCAAGUGAUCCGCCCGCCUUGGCCUCCCAGAGUGCUGGGAUUACUUACAGGCAUGAGCCACCGUGCCUGGCCAGAAAAUUUUAAACACACACAAACUCUCAAGUGGCCUAAUUCCCUCUCACCAAACCAAUCACAAUACAGAUAAAAGAGAAUAACUUGUAUUCAUUUUUGUACAAACAAAAAAGAUAUAAAUUGUGAAUGAUGCAUGAUUUUUAAUUACAAGUAAACUGGGCAAAUGCUUCUGCAUUAUUUAAAGCUAAAAGGUGAUCAGUGGAAACUUUCCUCUGUUAGUACUCUAAUACUUUUUAUAUUUAUCGGCCCACUACAACCUGUGCCUCCCAGGUUCAAGCGAUUCUCCUGUCUCAGCCACCUGAGUAGCCGAGACCACAGGCACGCACUACCAUGUCCGGCUAAUUUUGUAUUUUUAAUAGAGACAGGGUUUCACCGUGUUGGCCAUGCUGGUCUUGAACUCCUGACCUCAACCGAUCCGCCUGCCUUGGCCUCCCAAAGUUCUGGGAUUACAAGCGUGAGCCACCGCGCCCAGCCUUAUUAUAAUUGUUACUAUUUAAAUCUCUUUUGCUCUCUCCUUCAAGAGAGACCUCAUCCCAUUCAGUUGCAUCCAUUUAUUUAUUCAUCUUCUGCCUCCUGGGCUCGAGAGAUCCUCCAGCGUGAGUCUCCCAAGUAGCUGGGACUACAGGCUCACACCACCAUGCUUGGCUAAAUUUUGUAGGUUUUGGAGAGACAGGCUCUUGCCACGUUGCCUAGGCUGGUCUCAAACUCCUGGGCUCAGAUGAUCCACCUGCCUUCGCCUCCCAAAGCACUGGGACAUGAGCUACCACGCCCAGCCGCAAGUACUUUUACACAAAAUGCAAACACUGUUCUUCCAUCAUAAAAGUGAUACCACAGCUUCUGUGAAGUUUUGCCAGGCAGUACUCAUAAUUACCUUGGGUAAACUUUUUGAUGUUAAACUGUAUCUUCUUAUUACGAGUUUUUCCAUUGUAUUAACUGCUUUUACAACAACACAAAUAACAAGUUAUUUUACAAACCAUUUAGAAAUUUCUGUACUAUGCUGCCAAUAAUGUAAAAUAUAUUAAUGCCUAUUACAUUCAGAUAAAUUAUACACUUGGAAACCACAUACUUAUGACUUACAGAAGCUUACAUAAACAAAUUAUAGAAAUUAUAUGCUCAAUUUUUAGGUAUAUACUCUUAAAUUAAGCUUAAGUAUACAUUCUCAAGAUAAAUUAACAGUUCAGGGCUUCACAACUUGAAAUCUGUGGAAGAUGACAUUGGAGACAACAGAACUCUGGUGGAAUUCUUAGAUGGAAUUUGCUGAAACUUUUUUUUUUUUUUUUUUUUUUUUUGAGAUGGAGUAUCGCUCUGUCGCCCAGGCUGGAGUGCAGUGGCGCAAUCUCAGCUCACUGCAAGCUCUGCCUCCCGGGUUCACGCCAUUCUUCUGCCUCAGCCUCCCGAGUAGCUGGGACUACAGGCGCCCACCACCACGUGCAGCUAAUUUUUUAUAUUUUUAGUAGAGAUGGGGUUUUACUAUGUUAGCCAGGAUGGUCUCGAUCUCCUGACCUUGUGAUCCACCCGCCUUGGCCUCCCAAAGUGAAACUUUUCUUUAAAAUAGAGAUGGGAUCUUGCUGUAUUGCCCAGGCUGGUCUCAGACUCCUUGCCUUAAGCAGUCCUCCCACCUCAGCCUCCUAAAGUGCUGGGAUUACAAGCGUGAAGCAUUACAUCCAAGUGAAACUUCUUGAGAUAGUUACAUAAUGUUUAAAUCUGCUGGUGUAGAAGUUAAUAAAGUGUAGAACUGAAUAAAUAUUAAAUAUUAGAUCAAGUUUCUCAUGUUUACCUUAACGUAUAAAGAUUUAUGUUAAAGCACUGAUUUUCACAAAAUAACAUCAGUGUGAAAUUGGAAAAGAAGCCAAAUAUUUUAUUUCAUGUAUGUGGGAAAUGAGGUGCUUUAGUCAACUGAAUCUGCCCAAAACUAAAAAGCAUUAAUUAAAAAGUACUUAACUCAGAAAUUGUAAAAAUAGGAGACAUCAAUGAAAUACAUUCUACACAGAAUACGCCAACCAUACACUACUCUUUCUUGAUAAUAAAAAAUGUAUUUACUGAGCCAGUUGUGGUGGCUCACCCCUAUAAUCCCAGCACCUUGGAAGGCCAAUGAGAGGGGAUCAGUUGAGGCCAGGAGUUUGAGACCAGCCUGGCCAACAUGGCGAAAUGCCGUCUCUACUAAGAAUACCAAAAUGAGCCGGGCACGGUGGCACGCACCUGUAAUCCCAGGUACUCCGAAGGAUGAGGCAGGAUAAUUGUUUGAACUCAGGAGGUGGAGGUUGCAGUGAGCCGAAAUCAUGCCACUGCACUCCAGCCUGGGUGACAGAGUGAGUCUCUGUCUCAAAAAAAAAAAAUAAUAAGGAAAAGAAAAAAAGUCAGUUGCAGUGGCUCACACCUGUAAUCCCAGCACUUUGGAUGCCGAGGCAGGCGGAUUACGAGGUCAAGAGAUCGAGACCAUCCUGGCCAACAUGGUGAAACCUCCUCUCUACUAAAAAUGCAAAAAUUACGCUGGGCACGGUGGCUCACACCUGUAAUCCCAGCACUUUGGGAGGCCGAGGCGCGGAGAUCACGAGAUCAGGAGAUUGAGACCAUCCUGGCUAACACAGUGAAACCCUGUCUCUACUAAAAAUACAAAAAAUUAGCUGGACGUGGUGGCAGGCACCUGUAGUCCCAGCUACUUGGGAGGCUGAGGCAGGAGAAUGGCGUGAACCCGGGAGGCGGGGCUUGCAGUGAGCCGAGAUCCCACCACUGCACUCCAGCUUAGGCGACAGAGCCAGACUGUGUCUCAAAAACAGGAAAGAAAACAAAAGAAAAUUUGGACUAUUGCCAAUUACAAAUAUUUUUAGAGAAGAAUUCAAAACAGUAACUGUGGAUGAUGGAAACAAUAGUUAUGAUAAAAGUCUGAUGAAACUUCCCAGUUCACAAGGAAAUUUAAUUAUGUGCAGCAUUUUAAGACAGUAAUCAGAAUCAUGACUGACAGCAUCAUAUCAGGGCCACCAGACUUUUAUAAAUUUCAUACAAUCUUCAGAAAUAAUAACUUUUUUUUUUUUUUUUUAGAUAGAUUCUACCUCUGUCACCCAGGCGGGAGUGCAGUGGCAUGAUCUCGGCUCACUGCAAUCUCCGCCUCCUGGGUUCAAGCAAUUCUCCUGUCUCAGCCUCCCGAGUAGGUGAGACUACAGGCAUGUGCCACCAGGCAUGGCUAAUUUUUGUAUUUUUAGUGGAGACAGGGUUUCACUCUAUUAGGCUGGUCUGGAACUCCCGACCUCAGGUGAUCCACCUGCCUUCGUCUCCCAGAGUGCUGGGAUUACAGGCAUGAGUGACGGUGCCCAGCCAUUCAUGACAUGUUUAUACAGAUAUAACUUUAGCAAAUAUUUAGCAUAACUAUCAAAAUUACAAAUCAUAUUAAAUUUGUAUAAAUGUAUGCAAUUUUUGGAACACGUAUAUCAACAACAUACCCAUAAAUAUAACUGAGAUGAGAUCUAAUGUCACCUCACUUGACAGUGCCCUCCCAUGCAGUAUCACCACAUUUGACAAUGCCUGCCCAUUUAAUCUACCAAAUAAAUCGAAUCACUUAAUACCUCUACAAGAUGAGAGAUACAUUCUUUAGACUCCCCAAGGGAUGCAGCUGAAAAAAUCCCAAAGUUAGUUUUAAGCCAAAAAGACUUGAUUUAGGAUUUUGACACUGGAGAAACCCAUCGAAGAUGUCAAGUUUGAAAACACUUGAUCAAAACAGAAUCACAGGUCACUAUUAAAAGAGUAUUAAUUUAACCAGAGACUUCCAAAGCAAUACAGAAACUUACAUGGAUAUAAAAACCUUAACCCUUUUGAAGGUCAGAUUUGCUAAGUGAUCAAAAGGGGUACUUGAAUUGAAUCGACACAGGAAGAGUGUGUACAGGGUUAUGAGUGUAGGCAGAUGGUUACUUUGGUCAUAUCUCCAUUUGCCACCUGAUUACACAUGAGAAUGGCAUCUUUACUCACCAGAAAGCCAGUAUUAUGGGAGGUGUAGGAGGCAUUCUUGGACCUGAGACAAGAACAUUGUUGUGUAGAAAUUUCAUUGACUGUGUUAAAAUUAUUCUCCAUGGGCUGGAGAACACAUAACGUGGCGUUUAGAAUGAGACGGGCAUUGAUUGGAUGCAAGGUCUCCACACUUACUAGCUGUGUGACAUUGGACAGAGUGCUUCAUCAUUCUGAGACUCAGUUUUUAAAAGAUAAACAACUAACUACCUUGCAAGCUUGCUAGCAGGUUUAAGUGUAAUAAUGUGUGGGAAUGACUGCACCGUGACUAACACGUAGUGACAGCUUAAUUAAUGUUAACCCUUAUCAUUAUCAUAUAAGAAUGUGAGUUACAUAAGAGAGGAAUCCUGUCAGUUCAUUCUCUGCUGUGUCCCCAAGACCAUGAAUCAUGGCUGGCACGUAGUAGGCAUUUAAUAAUAUUUGUUCAACAAGUAUUUGGCAGUCUUGGAGGGCAGAAAAGGAGGUGGGGAAGAUUUUUAAAUAACAUUUUUUAAAAAGUCACAUUGUCCUGCAAUACCAAUUUUUCUUGCAUAUUUAGGAAAUUGAGGGUUUUUUCCUAAAACAUGCGGACAUAUGGGAAAUAGGAUGCAACAUUUGCACUAAUGUUUCAGACACAGUUAGAGGUUUCCAAGAGAUUUUGCGCUGGGGAGGCUGCUUGCUACAAGCUCCCAAAGCUCUGGGAGGACAUAGUAUUCAUUCGUCCCUCAGCAGAAGCGGUGAGGCAAGAAGCUCUGGGGAGCACCCAGCCUUGGACUUUUAGCAUAGUGUGUCAGGUCUUCAUAGUUUGGGCCCAGGGCACAGAGAAGUCACAGCUCUCCGGCAUCCUGUGACCUUUACCCUCUUUUCCAAGGGAAAAUGUGGCCCUCCAAAGCAAGAAACUUGAGGGCAUAGGUCCCCCCAGCUCUGGCAUCUGCCCAGAGCCCGAGAAGCAAGGAACAAUGAUCCUCCAGCUACCUCAAAGGGCUGGUACAGGUGGCCACUGCCCUGGCAUCACCCAGCUGUGUUCGGCAGCCUGAACCCCAUCUGUGGGGAUGUGAGGAGGAAAAUACAAAAGUCCUUAGGUGAACACUGAGAAGGCAGAUGCAGCAGAAGCCUCCAGGCCGGAACUACCCAGUCUUGGACCUAUGCUGGAGAUAGAGCAUAGCUGGCGAUCAUGUGUCCUUACACUGUAAGGUCACCUGGUUGCACUAUGGCCUCAUCUGUGGCUCUGAAAAUGAAGAUUUGGAAGGAGAUCAUCACAGCUAAUGUUUAACAAGUCCCUCCUGUGUGCCAAAUCAUUCACCCCUCACAACAACCGAAUGAGCUAAGGAUUCUCGUUAUAUAUAGUUUAUGGAGAAGGAAGUGCAGACAUAAAGAGGUGAAUUAUCUUACCCAGAUCACACAGCUGAUAAGUGGUGGAGGCAGAAUAGAAUCUAAACAGUGUGGCUCCGGAGCCCACAUGCAUUGAUUCGACAAGUGUUUAUUGAGCACCUGCCACGGACAAGGCCUUGUGUGAUUAAAUAGGGUUAUAAUUAGUAAUAUAAAAAUGAGAAAUCACUAAUGCUUUUUAGACUUAACAUUUUCUUUUUUUGUAGGUUUCAGGCACAGAACUGUAUAUCCAAUAAUAGUGAAAUGGAUCCCACUAAUUAUGACCGAAAUGAUGAUACAUUUAAAUGACUUGGAUGUUUUAUAGGUAUGAUCUCGUGAAACCUUGAGAGAAACUGAAUGACGAAUGAAACUUUUGUUCCUGUUUCACACAGAAGAAAACUGAGGUUAAAAGGGGUUGGCACUCAUGAUGAGCCCCUGUUCUCAUUCUGCAAAUGGUGAAGCUCUCUAUUGUCCUGACCCCACAGUUCCUGUCCCAUGACCAGGGCCAGCUCACCAAGGAGCUGCAGCAGCACGUAAAGUCAGUGACAUGCCCAUGCGAGUACCUGAGGAAGGUUAUCAAUACUCUGGCUGACCAUCAUCAUCGUGGGACUGACUUUGAUGAAAGUCCUUGGUUACAUAUCAUUAUUGAGUUUCCGAGAAGUUAUGAAGUUGUCAUUACCCUCUGGACAGUGUACCUUUGGUUGUCUUUCCUGAAGACUAUCUUCCAGUCUGAAAAUGGACAUGAUGGAUCCACGGAUGUACAGCAGAGAGCCUGGAGGUCCAACCGCCGUAGACAGGAAGGGCUGAGGUCCAUUUGUAUGCACACAAAGAAAAGAGUUUCUUCCUUUCCAGGAAUUAAAAUUGGCCUGGAAGACAUCUGUCCUUUACGGAAACAGGUGGAAACAAAAGUUCAAGCUAAAAUCCGUAAGACGAAGGUCAUAAAGAAAGUCAACCAUCAUUACAAAAUCAAUGGAAAGAGGAAGACCGCCAAAAAACAGAAGAUGUUUCAACGUGCGCAAGAGUUGCGGCGGCGGGCAGAGGACUACCACAAAUGCAAAAUCCCCCCUUCUGCAAGAAAGCCUCUUUGCAACUGGGUCAGAAUGGCGGCAGCGGAGCAUCGUCAUUCUUCAGGAUUGCCCCACUGGCCCUACCUCACAGUUGAAACUUUAAAAAGCAGGAUGGGCCACCAGCCACCUCCUCCAACUCAACAACAUUCUAUAACUGAUAACUCCCUGAGCCUCAAGACACCUUCCGAGUGUCCGCUCACUCCUCUUCCACCCUCACCUCCACCGUCAGCUCCACCCUCAGCGGAUGAUAAUCUCAAGACACCUCCCUUAGCUACUCAGGAGGCUGAGGCAGAAAAAACACCCAAACCCGAGAGGCGGAGGACCGCUGACGUGCAACCAACACCCGAGAGGCCUAGGGCCGCUGACGUGCAACCAUCACCGAAACCCGAGAGGCCGAGGGCCGCUGAGAUGGAACCAUCAUCACCCGAACCCGAGAGGCCGAGGGUCGCUGACGUGGAACCACCACCGAAACCCGAGAGGCAGAGGGCCGCUGACGUGCAACCAUCACCGAAACCCGAGAGGCCGAGGGCCGCUGACGUGCAACCAACACCGAAACCCGAGAGGCCGAGGGCCGCUAACGUGCAACCACCACCGAAACCCGAGAGGCGGAGGGCCGCUGACGUGGAACCAUCAUCACCCGAACCCGAGAGGCCGAGGGUCGCUGACGUGGAACCACCACCGAAACCCGAGAGGCCGAGGGCCGCUGACGUGCAACCAUCACCGAGAGGCGGAGGGCCGCUGACGUGCAACCAACACCGAAACCCGAGAGGCGGAGGGUCACUGACAUGCAACCAUCGCCGAAACCCGAGAGGCGGAGGGCCGCUGAUAUGCAACCAUCGCAGUAACCCGAGAGGCCAAGGGCCCCUGACUUGCAACCAUCAUCACCCGAACCCAAGAGGCGGAGGGUCGCUGACGUGGAGGCACCACCGAAACCCGAGAGGCCGAGGGCCACUGACAUGGAACUGUCAUCACCCGAACCCAAGAGGCAGAGGGCCGCUGACGUGGAACCACCACCGAAACCCGAGAGGCCUAGGGCCACUGACAUGCAACCAUCACCGAAACCCAAGAGGCGGAGGGCCGCUGACGUGCAACCAACACCGAAACCCGAGAGGCCGAGGGCCGCUGACAUGGAACCAUCAUCACCCAAACCCAAGAGGCGGAGGGUCGCUGAUGUGGAACCACCACCGAAACCCGAGAGGCAGGGGGCCGCUGACGUGCAACCAUCGCCGAAACCCGAGAGGCCGAGCGCCCCUGACGUGCAACCAUCAUCACCCGAACCCAAGAGGCGGAGGGUCGCUGACGUGGAACCACCACCGAAACCCGAGAGUCCGAGGGCCGCUGACGUGCAACCAUCACCGAAACCCGAGAGUCCGAGGGCCGCUGACGUGGAACCAUCAUCACCCGAACCCCGAGAGGCGGAGGGCCGCUGAUGUGCAACCAACACCGAAACCCGAGAGGCCGAGGGCCGCUGACGUGCAACCACCACCGAAACUCGAGAGGCGGAGGGCCGCUGACGUGGAACCAUCAUCACCCGAACCCGAGAGGCCGAGGGUCGCUGACGUGGAACCACCACCGAAACCCGAGAGGCCGAGGGCCGCUGACGUGCAACCAUCACUGAAACCCGAGAGGCCGAGGGCCGCUGACAUGCAACCAUCACCGAAACCCGAGAGGCCGAGGGCCGCUGACGUGGAACCAUCAUCACCUGAACCCGAGAGGCCGAGGGCCGCUGAUGUGCAACCAUCACCGAAACCCGAGAGGCAGAGGGCCGCUGACAUGGAACCAUCACCGAAACCCGAGAGGCCGAGGGCUGCUGACAUGGAACCAUCAUCACCCGAACCCGAGAGGCCGAGGGUCGGUGACGUGGAACCACCACCGAAACCCGAGAGGCAGAGGGCCGCUGACGUGCAACCAUCACCAAAACCCGAGAGGCCGAGGGCCGCUGACGUGCAACCACCACCGAAACCCGAGAGGCGGAGGGCCGCUGACGUGGAACCAUCAUCACCCGAACCCGAGAGGCCGAGGGCCGCUGACGUGCAACCACCACCGAAACCCGAGAGGCGGAGGGCCGCUGACGUGCAACCAUCACCGAAACCCGAGAGGCCGAGGGCCGCUGACGUGCAACCAUCGCCGAAACCCGAGAGGCCGAGGGCCGCUGACGUGGAACCAUCAUCACCCGAACCCGAGAGGCCGAGGGUCACUGACGUGGAACCACCACCGAAACCCGAGAGGCCGAGGGCCGCUGACGUGCAACCAUCACCGAAACCCGAGAGGCCGAGGGCCGCUGACGUGCAACCAUCACCGAAACACGAGAGGCGGAGGGCCGCUGACGUGGAACCAUCAUCACCUGAACCCGAGAGGCCGAGGGCUGUUGACGUGCAACCAUCGCCGAAACCCGAGAGGCCGAGGGCCACUGACGUGGAACCAUCAUCACCCGAACCCGAGAGGCCGAGGGUCGCUGACGUGGAACCACCACCGAAACCCGAGAGGCAGAGGGCCGCUGACGUGCAACCAUCACCGAAACCCGAGAGGCGGAGGGCCGCUGACAUGGAACCAUCAUCACCCGAACCCGAGAGGCCGAGGGUCGGUGACGUGGAACCAUCACCGAAACCACCACCGAAACCUGAGAGGCAGAGGGCCGCUGACGUGCAACCAUCACCGAAACCCGAGAGGCCGAGGGCCGCUGACGUGCAACCAUCACCGAAACCCGAGAGGCUGAGGGCCGCUGACGUGCAACCACCACCGAAACCCGAGAGGCGGAGGGCCGCUGACAUGCAACCACCACCGAAACCCGAGAGGCCGAGGGCCGCUGACGUGCAACCAUCACCGAAACCCGAGAGGCCGAGGGCCGCUGACAUGGAACCAUCAUCACCCGAACCCGAGAGGCCGAGGGUCGCUGACGUGGAACCACCACCGAAACCCGAGAGGCAGAGGGCCGCUGACGUGCAACCAUCACUGAAACCCGAGAGGCCGAGGGCCGCUGACGUGCAACCACCGCCGAAACCCGAGAGGCCGAGGGCCGCUGACGUGCAACCAUCACCCAAACCCGAGAGGCCGAGGGCCGCUGACAUGGAACCAUCAUCACCCGAACCCGAGAGGCCGAGGGUCGCUGACGUGCAACCAUCACCGAAACCCGAGAGGCGGAGGACCGCUGACUUGCAACCAUCACUGAAACCCGAGAGGCCGAGGGCCGCUGACGUGCAACCAACACCGAAACCCGAGAGGCCGAGGGCCGCUGACGUGCAACCAUCGCCGAAACCCGAGAGGCCAAGGGCUGUUGACGUGCAACCAUCGCCGAAACCCGAGAGGCCGAGGGCCACUGACGUGGAACCAUCAUCACCCGAACCCGAGAGGCCGAGGGUCGCUGACGUGGAACCACCACCGAAACCCGAGAGGCAGAGGGCCGCUGACGUGCAACCAUCACCGAAACCCGAGAGGCGGAGGGCCGCUGACAUGGAACCAUCAUCACCCGAACCCGAGAGGCCGAGGGUCGGUGACGUGGAACCAUCACCGAAACCACCACCGAAACCUGAGAGGCAGAGGGCCGCUGACGUGCAACCAUCACCGAAACCCGAGAGGCCGAGGGCCGCUGACGUGCAACCAACACCGAAACCCGAGAGGCCGAGGGCCGCUGACGUGCAACCAUCGCCGAAUCCCGAGAGGCAGAGGGCCGCUGACGUGCAACCACCACCGAAACCCGAGAGGCCGAAGGCCGCUGACGUGCAACCAUCGCCGAAACCCAAGAGGCCGAGGGCCACUGACGUGCAACCAUCAUCACCUGAACCCAAGAGGCGGAGGGCCACUGACAUGGAACCACCACCGAAACCCGAGAGGCGGAGGGCAGCUGACGUGCAACCAUCACCGAAACCCGAGAGGCCGAGGGCCGCUGAUGUGCAACCAUCGCCGAAACCCGAGAGGCCGAGGGCCGCUGACGUGCAACCACCACCGAAACCCGAGAGGCCGAGGGCCGCUGACGUGCAACCAUCACCGAAACCUGAGAGGCCGAGGGCCGCUGACAUGGAACCAUCAUCACCCAAACCCGAGAGGCCGAGGGUCGCUGACGUGCAACCAUCACCGAAACCCGAGAGGCGGAGGACCGCUGACGUGCAACCAUCACUGAAACCCGAGAGGCCGAGGGCCGCUGACGUGCAACCAUCGCCGAAACCCGAGAGGCCAAGGGUUGUUGACGUGCAACCAUCGCCGAAACCCGAGAGGCCGAGGGCCACUGACGUGGAACCAUCAUCACCCGAACCCGAGAGGCCGAGGGUCGCUGACGUGGAACCACCACCGAAACCACCACCGAAACCCGAGAGGCAGAGGGCCGCUGACGUGCAACCAUCACUGAAACCCGAGAGGCCGAGGGCCGCUGACGUGCAACCAUCGCCGAAACCCGAGAGGCCGAGGGCCGCUGACGUGCAACCAUCACCGAAACCUGAGAGGCCGAGGGCCGCUGACAUGGAACCAUCAUCACCCGAACCCGAGAGGCCAAGGGUCGCUGACGUGCAACCAUCACCGAAACCCGAGAGGCGGAGGACCGCUGACGUGCAACCAUCACUGAAACCCGAGAGGCCGAGGGCCGCUGACGUGCAACCAACACCGAAACCCGAGAGGCCGAGGGCCGCUGACGUGCAGCCAUCGCCGAAACCCGAGAGGCCAAGGGUUGUUGACGUGCAACCAUCGCCGAAACCCGAGAGGCCGAGGGCCACUGACGUGGAACCAUCAUCACCCGAACCCGAGAGGCCGAGGGUCGGUGACGUGGAACCACCACCGAAACCACCACCAAAACCUGAGAGGCAGAGGGCCGCUGACGUGCAACCAUCACUGAAACCCGAGAGGCAGAGGGCCGCUGACAUGCAACCACCACCGAAACCCGAGAGGCCAAGGGCGGCUGACGUGCAACCACCACCGAAACCCGAGAGGCGGAGGGCCGCUGACGUGGAACCAUCAUCACCCGAACCCGAGAGGCCGAGGGUCGCUGACGUGGAACCACCACCGAAACCCGAGAGGCCGAGGGCCGCUGACGUGCAACCAUCACCGAGAGGCGGAGGGCCGCUGACGUGCAACCAACACCGAAACCCGAGAGGCGGAGGGUCACUGACAUGCAACCAUCGCCGAAACCCGAGAGGCGGAGGGCCGCUGACAUGCAACCAUCGCAGUAACCCGAGAGGCCAAGGGCCCCUGACUUGCAACCAUCAUCACCCGAACCCAAGAGGCGGAGGGUCGCUGACGUGGAAGCACCACCGAAACCCGAGGGGCCGAGGGCCACUGACAUGGAACUGUCAUCACCCGAACCCAAGAGGCAGAGGGCCGCUGACGUGGAACCACCACCGAAACCCGAGAGGCCUAGGGCCACUGACAUGCAACCAUCACCGAAACCCAAGAGGCGGAGGGCCGCUGACGUGCAACCAACACCGAAACCCGAGAGGCGGAGGGUCACUGACAUGCAACCAUCGCCGAAACCCGAGAGGCGGAGGGCCGCUGAUGUGCAACCAUCGCAGUAACCCGAGAGGCCAAGGGCCCCUGACUUGCAACCAUCAUCACCCGAACCCAAGAGGCGGAGGGUCGCUGACGUGGAAGCACCACCGAAACCCGAGAGGCCGAGGGCCACUGACAUGGAACUGUCAUCACCCGAACCCAAGAGGCAGAGGGCCGCUGACGUGGAACCACCACCGAAACCCGAGAGGCCUAGGGCCACUGACAUGCAACCAUCACCGAAACCCAAGAGGCGGAGGGCCGCUGACGUCCAACCAACACCGAAACCCGAGAGGCAGGGGGCCGCUGACGUGCAACCAUCGCCGAAACCCGAGAGGCCGAGCGCCCCUGACGUGCAACCAUCAUCACCCGAACCCAAGAGGCGGAGGGUCGCUGACGUGGAACCACCACCGAAACCCGAGAGUCCGAGGGCCGCUGACGUGCAACCAUCACCGAAACCCGAGAGUCCGAGGGCUGCUGACGUGGAACCAUCAUCACCCGAACCCCAAGAGGCAGAGGGCCGCUGACGUGCAACCAACACCGAAACCCGAGAGGCCGAGGGCCGCUGACGUGCAACCACCACCGAAACCCGAGAGGCGGAGGGCCGCUGACGUGCAACCAUCACGGAAACCCGAGAGGCCGAGGGCCGCUGACAUGGAACCAUCAUCACCCGAACCCGAGAGGCCGAGGGCCGCUGACGUGCAACCAUCACCGAAACCCGCAAGGCCAAGGGCCGCUGACAUGCAACCAUCACCGAAACCCGAGAGGCCGAGGGCCGCUGACGUGCAACCAUCACCGAAACCCGAGAGGCCGAGGGCCGCUGACGUGCAACCAUCACCGAAACCUGAGAGGCCGAGGGCCGCUGACAUGGAACCAUCAUCACCCGAACCCGAGAGGCCGAGGGCCGCUGACGUGGAACCAUCAUCACCCGAACCCAAGAGGCGGAGGGUCACUGACGUGGAACCACCACCGAAACCCGAGAGGCCGAGGGCCGCUGACGUGCAACCAACACCGAAACCCGAGAGGCGGAGGGCCGCUGACGUGGAACCAUCAUCACCCGAACCCAAGAGGCGGAGGGUCGCUGACGAACCACCACCGAAACCCGAGAGGCCGAGGGCCGCUGACGUGCAACCAUCACCGAAACCCGAGAGGCCGAGGGCCGCUGACGUGCAACCGUCACCGAGAGGCGGAGGGCCGCUGACGUGCAACCAACACCGAAACCCGAGAGGUGAAGGGCUGCUGACGUGCAACCAUCGCCGAAACCCGAGAGGUGGAGGGCCGCUGACGUGCAACCAACACCGAAACCUGAGAGGCCAAGGGCCGCUGACAUGGAACCAUCAUCACCCGAACCCAAGAGGCAGAGGGCCGCUGACUUGGAACCACCACCGAAACCCGAGAGGCGGAGGGUCGCUGACAUGCAAUCAUCGCCGAAACCCGAGAGGCGGAGGGCCGCUGACGUGCAACCAUCGCCGAAACCCGAGAGGCCGAGGGCCCCUGACUUGCAACCAUCAUCACCCGAACCCAAGAGGCGGAGGGUCGCUGACGUGGAAGCACCACCGAAACCCGAGAGGCCGAGGGCCACUGACAUGGAACCGUCAUCACCCAAACCCAAGAGGCAGAGGGCCGCUGACAUGGAACCACCACCGAAACCCGAGAGGCGGAGGGUCGCUGACGUGCAACCACCGUCAAAACCCGAGAGGUGGAGGGCCGCUGACGUGCAACCAACACCGGAACCCGAGAGGCCGAGGGCCGCUGACAUGGAACCAUCAUCACCCGAACCCAAGAGGCGGAGGGUCGCUGACGUGGAACCACCACCGAAACCCGAGAGGCAGAGGGCCGCUGACGUGCAACCAUCGCCGAAACCCGAGAGGCCGAGGGCCCCUGACAUGCAACCAUCAUCACCCGAACCCAAGAGGCGGAGGGUCGCUGACGUGGAACCACCACCGAAACCCGAGAGGCCGAGGGCCGCUGACGUGCAACCAUCACCAAAACCCGAGAGUCCGAGGGCCGCUGACGUGGAACCAUCAUCACCCGAACCCCGAGAGGCGGAGGGCCGCUGACGUGCAACCAACUCCGAAACCCGAGAGGCCGAGGGCCGCUGACGUGCAACCAUCGCCGAAACCCGAGGGGCCGAGGGCCGCUGACAUGGAACCAUCAUCACCCGAACCCAAGAGGCGGAGGGUCGCUGACGUGGAACCACCACCGAAACCCAAGGGGCCGAGGGCCGCUGACGUGCACCCGCCGAAACCCGAGAGGCGGAGGGCCGCUGACGUGCAACCAACACCGAAACCCGAGAGGCCAAGGGCCCCUGACAUGGAACCACCAUGCAAACCCAGGAGGCCGAGGGCCGCUGACGUGGAACCAUCAUCACCCGAACCCAAGAGGCGGAGGGUCGCUGACGUGCAACCACCGCCGAAACCCGAGAGGCCGAGAGCCGCUGACGUGCAACCAUCACCGAGAGGCCGAGGGCUGCUGACGUGCAACCAACACCGAAACCCGAGAGGCGGAGCGCCGCUGACGUGCAACCACCGCCAAAACCCGAGAGGCGGAGGGCCGUUGACGUGGAACCGUCAUCACCCGAACCCAAGAGGCAGAGGGCCGCUGACGUGGAACCACCACCGAAACCCAAGAGGCCGAGGGCCGCUGAUGUGCAACCACCGCCGAAACCCGAGAGGCGGAGGGCCGCUGACGUGCAGCCAACACCCGAGAGGCCUAGGGCCACUGACGUGCAACCAUCACCGAAACCCAAGAGGCGAAGGGCUGCUGACGUGCAACCAACACCGAAACCCGAGAGGCCGAGGGCCGCUGACGUGCAACCAUCACCGAAACCCGAGAGGCGGAGGGGCGCUGACGUGCAACCACCACCGAAACCCGAGAGGCCAAGGGCCCCUGACGUGCAACCAUAAUCACCCGAACCCAAGAGGCGGAGGGUCGCUGACGUGGAACCACCACCGAAACACGAGAGGCCGUGGGCCACUGACAUGGAACCAUCAUCACCCGAACCCAAGAGGAAGAUGGCCGCUGACGUGGAACCACCACCGAAACCCGAGAGGCGGAGGGCCGCUGACGUGCAACCACCGCCGAAACCCGAGAGGCCGAGGGCCACUGACAUGGAACCAUCAUCACCCGAAUCCCGAGAGGCAGAGGGUCGCUGACGUGGAACCACCACCGAAACCCGAGAGGCCGAGGGCCGCUGACGUGCAACCAUUGCCGAAACCCGAGAGGCGGAGGGCCGCUGACGUGCAACCACCACCGAAACCCGAGAGGCCGAGGGCCGCUGACGUGCAACCACCACCGAAACCCAAGAGGCCGAGGGCCGCUGACGUGCAACCACCACUGAAACCCGAGAGGCCGAGGGCCGCUGACGUGGAACCAUCAUCACCCGAACCCAAGAGGCGGAGGGUCGCUGACAUGGAACCACCACCGAAACCCGAGAGGCCAAGGGCCCCUGACAUGGAACCACCAUGCAAACUCAGGAGGCCGAGGGUCGCUGACGUGGAACCAUCAUCACCCGAACCCAAGAGGCGGAGGGUCGCUGACGUGCAACCACCGCCGAAACCCGAGAGGCCGAGGGCCGCUGACGUGCAACCAUCACCGAGAGGCGGAGGGCCGCUGACGUGCAACCAUCACCGAAACCCCAGAGGCCGAGGGCCGCUGACGUGCAACCAACACCGAAACCCGAGAGGCGGAGGGCCACUGACGUGCAACCACCGCCGAAACCCGAGAGGCGGAGGGCCGCUGACGUGCAACCACCGCCGAAACCCGAGAGGCGGAGGGCCGCUGACGUGCAACCACCGCCGAAACCCGAGAGGCCCAGGGCCGCUGACGUACAACCACCGCCGAAACCCGAGAGGCCGAGGGCCGCUGACGUGCAACCAUCAUCACCCGAACCCAAGAGGCGGAGUUUGAGUUAGCUUGGAACAGGCUAUUGCAGUCAAGCCUGAGCAAUAAGAAUAAAACUGAGUAGAACAAAAUAAAAAAAUAAAAAAACAAAACCUACACUCCAAAAACGAACUAACAAAGAAUAAAUAAAUAAUAUAAAAAUAAAAUAAAAACUGCAGUCCUUA